UGUCAUGAUUGUUUGCUACAUAUACUUCACAAGAAUAAUAGUCUACCUGUUGAAGAUCACAGUGCCGUUCCAGUAUGAGUGGCUGGGUCAGUUCUUUGCGGAGCUGGCCACAUACGUGUUCUUUGUCAUGACGGGUUACAAGUUCCGCCCUGCCUCCAACAACCCCUACCUACAAGUCUCACAGGAAGACGAGGACAUCGAGAUGGAAAAAGUUGUAACAGAAACAGGCUGGAACGAGGGCGUGGUCAGGGUCAACCAGGGGGGCAAGGUCACCAGCACCCAGGACGGCCUGGCCAAUCCCAAGCCACCAGACAACAGCCAUGACGCCUAAGCAAGCAGCUGUGUCAUUGGACAGUGUGAGAAAAAAAUGAGAAAGACUUCUUGCCAGGAGAUUGCACAUUGAGGAAAACUUUAAAAUUUGAAGAGAAAUUUAAAGGCAUCUGAAUGCAGUUUUUAUGGCUUGGAAACCAGAUUUUUCAAAGUCAAUAUUCUAGUCACUUAUCUACAUACUGAGUUA